AUGCCGGCUUACCACUCAUCGUACAACGACGAGCCAGAGGUGCGACAGAUCGGAUCCAUGUCGAUCCUGCCCAUCCGCUCGCGCACGCGCGGACCCGCCCCACCACCCGUCGACCCCUCCCGUCCGGACAUCAUCGACGAAUCCAUCGACCUCUUCCGCGCCAACUCACUCUUCCGCAACUUCGAAAUCAAGGGUCCCGCCGAUCGGCUGUUGAUCUACUUGAUCCUGUUCAUCUCGGACUGUCUCACCAAGAUCGCGUCGUCCAAAAUCCCCUGGACAACGAACGAGGCGCAGAAGCAACUGGCGACGUAUUCGGUCGACAGCUUUGCGCUGCCUGGGGAUGCGAAUUUCCCGUUGAACAGUCUGUACGCUGCUCCGGCGGGUAGAGCGGAGGCGGACGCGUUGAGGAGUUAUCUGACCCAGGUGAGACAGGAAACGGCGAGCAGGUUGGUGGAGAAGGUGUUUGUGGAUGGUCAGGCGAGCAAGUGGUGGUUGGCGUUUACCAAGAGGAGGUUCAUGGGUAAGAGUCUGACGUAG